AUGUUGAUUCAAUUAUGCUUAGACUUGGUAGAAUCUUUUCAAAUAAUUGGGGGUGAUAUGAAAGAUCCAAAGUUAACAAGCCCGGUUGCAGCAUUUGUGAUUGGUAAAGGAGAUGCUGAUGGGAGCCAGUCAGGGAAUGAUAAUGAUGAUGUUUUAAACAGAGCCUAUCUCUGGGUAGGUGCAAAAGGUUUUGGUCUUCUACCCCGCAAUAGGCUAUUCACAAUUUGGACAACAUUUGAAACAAUCUUUUUCAAGCAUUCCUUGAAACCACUGCUGAUAGCAAUGAUUGACUUAUCAUUGUCUAGACUAGCUCUCAACUACUCGGAACGUUUCCUACUUGCCUUGAAAACUGGAUUGAUCCCUGAAAAGACCAAUAAAGAUUUAUUCACUGAGCUUAAAGAACUUUUAAAACCGGAAAUAGUGGCUCCAACCCGCGACUUACAAUUAAUUCUUAGGAAACCAGACUAUGAAUCUUGUCUGAUUGAAUUUUGGAAGACAUUUACCAAAGAAUGUACUCCUAAUAAUCCUAUAGUCUUUGAAUGGCCCUAUCCUCUUUUAAAUUUACAUUCAAAAUGGCUACGCAAAUCCUUAAACCAAACUGCAUGCGGAUUUCUUGAGGAUCAUCUAAAGAAAGCUACAGAGUUGUUUCCAGAAACAUGUUUUCCAUGGCAAGAACAACCAGUGACAAUUAAAUUACUAAUGAAAGGUGAAGAUCAAACCAUCAUUGAAAGUCUAAUGACCGCUUUCCCAACUCUUUCACAUCUUUGUACAAAUUUCCACAUUGGACAGUCCGAGACUAUGACUCAUUAUGGAUUAUAG